UCCUUUGCCAUAAUGAAUCUGCCCUCUUUCUUGCUCUGCCCCUGCAGAGAUCUGCGCUCCCUCUCCAGCCCCACGCUGUGGUUUGUUUUAACAUCCGGAGUGCCAGCUCCCCGUAGCAACCUCUCCUCUCCUCCCCUGUCGUCUGUCCGGCCUUUGUGCUGCUCGCACGCAGGAACGAGCAUCUCGAGCGCUCCUCUCCGCAGGGAGGUGGCACAAAGACCUCGUGCCAGGCUGGACGGGACCUUAUUCCCUUUAACCCAGGAGGCGAUUUGAGUCCCAGGCUUCCACCACAUUCCUACCACACUCUGCGAUGGGCCCUUCCCAGCUCAGCCCCAAGAUGCUGGUAUAGCACGAGGCCACCGUGAUCUUGAGGACCUGUGGAAGGACAUCAUUUCCAGCUGGGACGUCCUUCACCUCCUCUUUCCCGGCAGAGGCGAUGGAUGCCCACGUGGACCUCCUGACAGAGCUGCAGCUGCUGGACAAGGUGCCCACGCUGGAGAGGCUGCGGGCAGCCCAGAAGCGGAGGGCUCAGCAGCUGAAGAAGUGGGCACAGUAUGAGAAGGAGAUGCAGCACAAGAAGCGGAAGCAUGAAAAGAAGAGAAAUGCUGUUAACCAGAAGAAAGUAUCUUUUGAAGCCAGUGUUGCUCUGCUGGAGGCCUCUCUGAGGAACGACUUGGAGGAAGUGUGCUACUUGCUGAAGAGCAACAUCAGCCCCGACCUGUGCAAUGAAGACGGACUAACCGCACUGCAUCAGUGCUGCAUAGACAACUACGAAGAGAUAGUCAAGCUUCUCCUCAACCACGGGGCCAACGUCAACGCCAAGGACAACGAGCUGUGGACUCCCUUGCACGCAGCAGCUACGUGUGGUCAUAUCAACCUGGUGAAGAUCCUCAUCCAGCAUGGAGCAGACUUGCUGGCAGUAAACGCGGAUGGCAACAUGCCGUACGACCUCUGUGAAGACGAGCCAACCCUGGAUGUCAUCGAGACUUGCAUGGCCUAUCAGGGAAUUACACAGGAAAAAAUCAAUGAGAUGCGGGCUGCCCCAGAGCAGGUCAUGAUCUGUGACAUUCAUGACAUACUUGCGACUGGACAAGACCUGAACAGGACUGAUGCCCAGGGUGCUACACUGUUGCAUAUAGCCGCAGCCAAUGGGUAUCUGCAUGCAGCUGAAGUCCUUCUUGACCAGGGGGCAAGCCUGGACGUUAAGGACUGGGACGGCUGGGAACCUCUUCAUGCUGCGGCCUUCUGGGGACAGAUGCAGAUGGCUGAGUUGCUUGUGUCCCAUGGGGCUAGCUUGAGUGCCAGGACAUCUUUGGAUGAGAUGCCAAUAGAUCUCUGUGAAGAAGAGGAAUUCAAAGUCUUACUUCUGGAGCUGAAACACAAGCACGACGUGAUCAUGAAGUCGCAGAUGAGGCACAAAUCCUCCCUGAGCCGAAGGACCUCCAGCACCGGCAGCCGGGGGAAGGUGGUGAGGAGGGCCAGCCUGUCGGACCGCACAAACCUUUACAGGAAGGAGUGCGAGAAAGAGGCCAUCGUCUGGCAGCAGCUGGGGGCUGCAGAAGAAGGAAGGAAUUCGGGUCUCAUUGGAGAAAUGGGGGAGACUCGGUCUGACCAGGAGAAUACAGACCCCAAUUCAGUGCUGGAGAACUCCUCCCUCCUUCCAGAGUUAGCAAACAAGAGCACCCAGUGUGACUCUGAAAUCCCCCUCCAGAAUGGACUCAUGGCAUCGGCCAGCACUUACCAGUACACCUUCUCCAACGGGGACAUCUGGAGCAUGCACGCUGACCCCGAUGGCAGCCCAGGCCACGUGCUGCCCUACGGCAACCCUGGGCUCCCCGACACGCAGCAGUUCUGGGGCGCCUACAAGGAGCACAGCCACCAGACGCUCUCUGAACUGAAGCGGCAGCGGGCUGCGGCCAAGCUCCUCAACCACCCCUUCCUCAGCACCCACUUCGGCAGCGGCAUGGGAGGAGUUGCCGAAAACGGGGGCGAGGCCAAGUCGCACCUAAUCGGAUCCAGGACUUCUCCCUACAGCUCCAAUGGGACCUCGGUGUAUUACACGGUGUCCAGUGGUGAGCCACCCCUCUUGAAAUUCAAAGCUCCCAUGGAGGAAAUGGAAGAGAAGGUGCAUGGGUGCUGCAGAAUUUCCUAGUCUUACCUGCUACUUGCCCCAGAGGAAACGAGAAGCGGGUGGGCUGGUUGGAUCUAUCACUGUGGCCAGGUUGUUGGCGUUCCACGGGGAGGAUCUGGUUACGGACAUCCUGACUGUGUCGGCCUCGUUCAUCUUGAAUUGUACUUUACCCUGCCAAUUACUUCCAUUGAAGUUGAAUGAGUAAUGCAGGUGGAGCAAGGCUCUCAGGAGAGGAAGGGAUAUGCAUCGGUAGGAUGUAAAAGGAGAUGCCCAUGUCUUUCCCUGUGGGGAAGAAAGUAUGAGCUGCUUCCCCAUCCUUGAGGAGUCAUGGGAUGGCUUGGAAAGAAGAAAUGAUCGGAAUUAAAAUAUAUUUGCAUCUGAGCCUCUUGCUGCAAGCCACCACGCUUCUGGAGGGUGACAGUUCAGACCUGAAUUUUCUCUCUUGGGUGAUGCACAUAUCCUGGACGGGUGGUCAGCCCCAACACAAGGUUUGCACGAGUGGACAGAGCUGUUUUGCCUGCAGCUGGAUCCUGCAUCUACAGGGGCUGAGCAACAAGCAAGUGUGGAUGCUGCGCCUGCUUUAGGAAGUUUGCAAGGUGUUGUCUCCUUGCAGUGCCAGCUCACCAUCAGAAACUGUGCGCUGGCUGGGUCCUGCUCUGCUCGUGUGAACUCGUCAUGCAGACUGCCAUCAGGUUUUAAGCAGAACUCUUCCUGGAACAGGCUUCACUCGACAGGCUUUAAAACCGGUGUUGCAAUAAGGGGCCCUGGCAAUAGAAUUUUACUGCAAUAAAAUACUGACAAAGGUCUAUAUUGGGAUAAGUAAUUUAAAACACCUAUUUGUACUAUUUAGACUUUAAUUUGU